AUGAAUCACCCCUUAGUAGCAGCAAACGCAGUUCAGCUUGAUCAACAAAAAGAAAAGAAAAAAAAGGAUCACAAAGAAAGAAACGCAGUUCAGCUUCGUCCACCACCAAUGACAGGAGUUUGGAGUGAGGGCGAGUUUAUAGAAGUGUUGGAUAAAGAUGGUUACUAUUGUAACUGGGUGUUUGAUUCUCAGCAUCACAUUACAGUGGAGAAGUCGAGUGUUCGAGCUCGGCAAGAAUGGAAAGAUAACGAUUCGUUUCUCGUGGAUAAGAAAGUAUCAUAUCAAUCUGUUGCGCUGUCUAAAUCAUUGAAGAGGUCAUCUCCUGAUUAUGCAUCAGCUGACAAAGCUUAUUCAAAGUGUGUCCAGAAACGAAGAUUAGUAGAUAAGGAGGUGGAUCUUGAUGCGAUUCCUGAUAGGUUGCUCAGCCAUUCUUCAGCAGGGUGUAGCCAAGACCAUAGUGUUUCUCUUUCGAGUGACGCCGAGCCUUAUAGUCAUGAUUUGGGAGAGGAGGAAGUAUCUAGUGCUCAGUUUCAAAGGGGUGAUGCUUUAGAAGCACAUAAGUUAGACUUAUAUGGUUAUCGUUGUGUUUUGGAAUUAUUAUACUCGUCUGGUCCCUUAAGCUGGCGACAAGAAAUUGCACUGACAGAUCUCCGUUUGAAGCUAUCAGUUUCAAAUGAUGAACAUCUCACAGAGUUAAGGAGGUUAAAGUCAGGUAGAAAUCUAGUUCUAUCAGAAAUUCGUGAGUGUGAAUCCCUCAAUCCUGAAGGAUUAGCAUUGCUCGAGUUUCGAGAAAGAAUAGAGAAUGAUCCUUAUGGAGCUUUUGCAAACUGGAACCCAAAUCAUUCAGAACCAUGUUUGUGGUUAGGUGUCCAUUGUCUUGAUGGGAAAGUACAAAUGUUGGAUCUCAAUGGUUUUUCACUGCGAGGGACGUUGGCACCAGCACUAAAAAAACUGAGAUAUUUGAGAUCAUUAAUGAUGAGCAACAAUCGUUUGUCAGGUUCUAUUCCUAAAGAGAUCGGCGAGCUUAAAUUACUAGAAGUGUUGGAUUUGACUCAUAACAAUUUGAGUGGGACAAUUCCUUCAGAGAUAGGUGAAAUGCCCUCAUUAAGAUGCAUGUCACUUUGUGGUAAUGGUUUGGAUGGAGAUAUUCCACUUGCAAUUGGAAUGCUUGAUUCUCUUCCUAAGUCACAAUGUAGUCAUCGGAUCAAGUCAUUUAUCAUUGGAUCCAAAUAUUACAUACAAAGAACUGGACAUUGUUUGGGUACUAAACCCCAAAAGUGUUGCUUUUAUGCUGAGGGAAACAAUUGCUGCCAUAAUAUAUCAAGAGAUGAAGCUAAAGAUAAUGGCAGACGUUAUCUAAGUGGCGAAUCAAUUAACAUUGCUGCUGCACCAGCAAAAUCUACUAAGGUGUCUCAACAGAGUUCCCCAAAUGUCUUGAAAAGUGGAUCUUACCCUGUUCUUUUAAAAACCCUUAAUAAACCUGCCCAGCCUUCGAGUUCUUCGACCUCACACGAGCAUCCGAAGGCAGAUGGUUUUCGCGUAAAAGUUAUAAUGUUCGUAGUUGUAACCAUAGCAGCAGUUUUUAUUUUGUGUUUCGCCUUGAUAGCCAUUCGACGUUAUCGUGGGACUAAGGUCACACGAGCUCAAAAUGCAGCUCUACUUCAACGCUUGAGUAAAGUCUUUGUGACAGGAGUUCCUAAGCUGAAUUCGACAGAACUGCAGACAGCUUGUGAGGAUUUUAGCAAUAUUAUUGAUACUUUCUCGGGAUGUUUGAUGUAUAAGGGAAUACUAUCAAGUGGAGUAGAGAUAGCUGUUUUAUCUACUUCAAUUAGGUCAUCACGACAGUGGUCAAAUUGUGCAGAGAGUGAAUUCAAAAGAAAGAUGGAUACAUUUUCGAAAAUAAACCACAAGAACUUCGUCAAUCUUCUUGGCUACUGCGAGGAGGACAAUCCAUUUGUGCGAAUGAUGGUUUUUGAAUAUGCUCCUAAUGGAAACCUUUAUGAGCAUCUUCAUGUUAAGGAUAUGAACCAUCUCGAUUGGACGACUCGGAUGAGGAUUAUCAUGGGAACUUGUUAUUGUCUUGAGCAUAUGCAUCAUGAGCUCAAUCCUCCUGUCAUACAUCCAAAUCUCCAGUCAGAUGCAAUCCUUUUGACAGAUGAUUAUGCUGCAAAGCUUGCAGAUGUUGCUUUUUGGGCUGAUAUCGUAGCUAAAGCAAAGAUAUCGGAUGAUGAAGAAUCAGAACCUUUGCAUUCAAAUCCAGGUCCCACUUGUGAAGAUAAUGUGUACAGUUUGGGGAUAUUAUUGCUAGAGAUAAUCUCAACCAAAUCCCUCAGUGUGCAGGCUAUGGAAUACUUGAGUGAUAAGGAAAAGUAUAUCAACUUGAUUGAUCCCACUCUAAAGUCCUCCAAGAACAACGAGUUGGAAAUCAUCUGCGAUGUCAUCCGUGAAUGUAUAGAUGAAGAUCCGAGGCGGAGACCGACACUGAAAGAGAUAACCUCGAAACUGCAGACGGUUAUCAAAAUCUCGCCGGAUGCUGCUACUGCUAGACAUUCACCCUUGUGGUGGGCAGAACUUGAGCUUAUGGAUGAGUGUGGUUAG